GGUGGUCGGAAGCCAGAGUUAAUCGGUGUGGCAUUCAAUCGUAUAAUGAAAUUGAAUAUUGAUACUGGUGAGGGUUUGAAAACGUGGCGAUUCUCUGCAAUGAAGAAAUGGCAUGUGAAUUGGGAAAUCCGCCAUCUGAAGGUCAGUCAGUUCUGGAGGUUUAUGAAGAUCAAGCAAGAUGUUCUGGAGUUAUGCUCACGAUUAGAGUGUAUAAGUCUAGAAUGUUUCCGUAUGUGA